ACGUGUGUUUACUGCUGUAAACUGCCGUUAAUGGGGAAAUUCCUCUGUCCCCUUCAGGUGUCCAUAGAACUGUUGGCCCAUUCGCAAUUAAAGCAGAGGCCAUUGCGGAAAGACACGUCGACCUGGACCGAGAGCUGUACAGAGAAUCAAAGCCGGAGAGAGAAGGACGUUUGUUCCAGCAAGUGUACCCCUACGCAGGCAUGCUCCCUCUGCUCGGGGAGUUCGACUCGCUCAGUGUUGAGGAAGAACCAGAGUCAGAUGUAGACAGGGAGCUGGCAGAGCAGCUGGAUGGCUGGAAGAUGGCAACGGAUCCUCAGAUCAGCACCAUUGCGGUGAACAUCAAAGUGUCCCGGGAGCUGCUGAAGCAGGCCAACCGGAGCCUGGACGCGGUGGAAGCCCCCCCAGAGCCGGACUACAGAGGGGUGGAGGAAGUUGACUGGCACAGAGAUGCUCUCUCCUAUCGACGCAGCGACCCCUCCCACGCCUCCUUCCCUACUUCCAAAGCUAAGGCUAAGUUCUCCAGAGUGAGUGCUGCCGUCGGGCCGCCGAAGAAGCACUACAGUCUGCAUGGGGGGGAGGAAUGGGGAAAGAACCUGGAGGCCCAGCUUCGGAGCAGAGAUUGGGAACUGCUGAGCCAGGAAGAACUGUCUCUAUGGCUGAGUCACUAUCCGGUCGAGCAGCAGCAGCACGUGGAGGACUGCCCGCUGCCUCUCCCCACCUCGGGUCGCCACGCGUCAGGGAGCUGGCCACUGGGAGCUGAUCCCGAAGAAGAGUUGAGCCAGUACACAUCUGCUCUGGACCACAGCCUCGUUAGCAUCCUCCCUGAGAGGAAGAAUACGGAGAUUGUCAGACGUCUCCUCCAGACAUCCAGUUCCCUAGAAGAUGUAGAGGUUACAUUAGAGCUGUGCAGGCCAGCAGCUGGUGGGAGUCCACUGUCUGAUACUCACAACACCGAAUGUGAGAGCUUCUCAAACAGUGAUGACAUAAUCCCCGCUGAUCCCGAUUCUGAUGUCACUGGAUCACAGGCCCAGUAUACAGCCGACCAGAACAUGAUUCUGCUGGCUGAACUCUCCAGUAUCACGGACUCUCCAGCUCAGUCUCAGGAGACUCGCCACUGCAUCUCUGGGUACAGAAGAGCGCCGCCUUGUUACAGUACUCCCCGCAGCCCUGACAUACGCCAGCGUGUGAUGAUGGGAAGGAGGGAGGCCAGUCUCCCAGACUCCCCUGCCUGCAGCACUGAGAGCUUCACCACAGCAAGAGACGCCUCAGUGAAGUCUCCCACUUUCAAGUUAGAGUCUGCCUGCAGUCCAGAGGGCUUCAUCGUGCACAGCCAGGAGGAGGAGCUGCUAGACACCAGAUCUCCCGACCUCACAGUCCACAGAGGCUGCAGCUCUGAGGAAGCAGAGCAGAGCGAGGAAGAGGGAGAAUCCAAACAAGAGCCGAGUGGAGAGGAGCAGGAAGGGAGCAGUCAAAGCCACCUGACGGUGCACGUGGCACAAGAGCUGGAGGAAAUGCAGAGAGCAUUACGGAUGGAGGGCAAAAUGGGAGAAGACAUGGCAGAGGAGGGGGGCGAGCAUGUUGAGGAGGAGGAGGAGCAGAGCGAUGUCGGGUCAGAGGAGGAGGAAGAUGAAGAGGAUGGUUCCAAUGACAGGGGGGAGGUGGACGACGCCUUGGUUAACAGCAGGGAGCUUGGUGCUGAAGGGGAGAGCGCAGAUCAGUGGGAGGAGCACAGGCUUUCUCCACGGUCACAGCAAAGUACCAACUUACUGGAGGACACCGACAGAGCUCACUCGACACUCGACGACGCGCUGCUGGCCUUGGAGAUGGAGGGUCCGCUGGGCCGCCUGGAGACGAGUAGAGGUGUCCACGCGCUGGUUCAGCUGUUUGAAGGUGACGUAGACCGGCGAACAGGAGACCACGCACAGUGAGGGCUCAGUUUCCUGGAGGCCAGUCAUGAUUGACAUGAUGCACUAGCUAUGAGCCAGAUCAAUAAGAGGAAUGUUCCCGUAUGUGCAUUUGUUAUAUUCCCAUUGUGGCCGUUCUGUUAGUAGCUUAUUGGAAGGGAUUCUUUUGU